CAGAACUUUAGCCGCGCCGUCACCAAUCAUUAAGUUUCCUGGAGACAGCACUCCCAAAACAGACAAAGAGCUAGCAGUGCAAUACCUGAAUAAAUACUAUGGCUGCCCAAAAGACAGUUGCAAUUUAUUUGUCCUGAAAGAUACCCUGAAGAAAAUGCAGAAAUUUUUUGGGCUGCCUGAAACAGGAGAUCUGGAUCAAAAUACUAUUGAGACAAUGAAGAAACCCCGCUGUGGUAACCCUGAUGUAGCCAAUUACAACUUCUUUGCAAGAAAGCCAAAAUGGGAAAAGAAUCAUAUAACAUACAGGAUUAUAGGCUACACCCCAGAUUUGGACCCUGAGACAGUAGAUGAUGCCUUUGCUCGAGCCUUUCAAGUCUGGAGUGAUGUCACACCGCUGAGAUUUAACCGGAUACACGAUGGAGAAGCAGACAUUAUGAUUAAUUUUGGUCGAUGGGAGCAUGGUGAUGGCUAUCCCUUUGAUGGCAAAGAUGGGCUCCUGGCUCAUGCCUUUGCACCAGGACCAGGAAUUGGAGGAGACUCCCAUUUUGAUGAUGAUGAGCUGUGGACUCUUGGGGAGGGACAAGUGGUCAGAGUGAAGUAUGGAAAUGCAGAUGGUGAAUAUUGCAAAUUUCCCUUCUGGUUCAAUGGCAAGGAGUACAACAGCUGCACCGAUGCAGGACGCAGUGAUGGAUUCCUCUGGUGCUCCACAACCCAAGACUUCGAUGCAGAUGGGAAAUAUGGAUUUUGUCCCCAUGAGUCACUUUUUACAAUGGGUGGCAAUGGUGAUGGGCAGCCAUGCAAGUUUCCCUUCAAAUUCCAAGGCCAGUCCUACGAGCAGUGCACGACAGAAGGCAGGACAGACGGGUACCGAUGGUGCGGGACCACUGAAGACUACGACAGAGAUAAGAAAUACGGAUUCUGCCCAGAGACUGCCAUGUCAACAGUUGGUGGGAACUCCGAGGGCGCUCCCUGUGUGUUCCCCUUCAUCUUCCUGGGGAACAAGUACGAGUCGUGCACGAGCGCGGGGCGCAGCGACGGCAAGCUCUGGUGCGCCUCCACCAGCAGCUACGACGACGACCGCAAGUGGGGCUUCUGUCCCGACCAAGGGUACAGUCUCUUCUUGGUUGCUGCCCAUGAGUUUGGCCAUGCCAUGGGAUUAGAGCACUCCGAGGACCCGGGAGCUCUCAUGGCCCCCAUCUACACCUACACCAAGAACUUCCGGCUCUCUCAGGAUGACAUUAAAGGGAUCCAGGAGCUGUAUGAGGUGUCACCUGAUGUGGGGCCAGGACCAGGCCCAGGCCCAGGCCCACAGCCAACCCUUGGACCUGUCACUCCAGAGCUCUGCAAGCAUGAAAUUGUGUUUGAUGGAGUAGCACAAAUUAGAGGAGAAACGUUUUUCUUCAAAGACAGAUUCAUGUGGAGGACUAUAAACCCCCGAGGAAAACCCACAGGUCCUCUUCUUGUUGCUACAUUCUGGCCUGAUCUGCCAGAGAAAAUUGAUGCUGUCUAUGAGGCCCCUCAGGACGAGAAGGCUGUGUUUUUCUCAGGAAACGAGUACUGGGUUUAUUCAGCCAGCAACUUGGACAGGGGCUAUCCAAAGAAGCUCAGCAGCCUGGGGCUGCCCCCUGAUGUGCAGCGUGUGGAUGCAGCCUUUAACUGGGGCAGGAACAAGAGGACAUACAUUUUUGCUGGAGACAGAUACUGGAAGUACAAUGAAGAAAAGAAGAAAAUGGAGCUUGCAUCCCCUAAAUUCAUUGCUGACUCUUGGAAUGGUGUUCCAGAUAACCUCGAUGCUGUCCUGGGCCUUGGGGACAGUGGAUAUACCUACUUUUUCAAAGAUCAAUACUAUCUACAAAUGGAAGACAAGAGUUUGAAGAUUGUUAAAAUUGGCAAGAUAAGCUCUGACUGGUUGGGUUGCUGAACCAUAUGAGAUAUCAAUAACCAAAUAUUUACUUUUUUGUUAUAUGCCUUAUCUGUAAUUAGAAAUAGAUCUGAAU